CCACCCCAACGCAGGAGAAGACAGGACAAACCUCUCUCUCUCUCUGGAAACACCCAUAGCCCAACAAGCAAAAACACUCCCUCUUUUCUUUUAUCGGCCUGCCCCCUCUUUUUCCAACAUCUUCGUUUCUCGCGUCUCUCUCUAACCGCCCUCCUCGCCUGCAGCGUCCCUAGUCCCAACCCACUCUCUCUCUCUCUCUCUCUCUCCAAUUUGGUGCUGCAUGCAUAAUUGAUCUCAGGCGAAACCAAAAUUGUAGUUUAUACUGUAUAUAUGGCGAGUAAUCAGGGGGAGGGAAUAGGGGAUGACUUCUUCGAGCAAAUUUUAUCGGUGCCGUCUUCUUACAGUACAGGAACUGGAGACGAUUCUGGUGGUUAUGCCGCAAACGAUAGCAGUUUGGCUGCAGCAACACCGGCGAUGGCGGCGUUGCAGUUGGGUUCCGGUGGUGGAAAUGGAGGUGGCGGGUUCAGGGAAAUUGUCUUACCCCCGCUGGGUUUGAACUUGGAGCAUCAUCAUCAUCAGGAUGGGUCCACCACUGCCAAUGGUCCUUCUUCCUCUUCUUCAACUGGAAUCAACCACGAACAAGAGUCGGUGAAUUUGACAAGUUUGUUUCCACCCUUUGGACCAUUUCCAACUCAGUCACUUCGGCCUCCAGCACCCAGUCCUUCACAACUCCACCAGCCUUUCCAUGGCCUACCGACAACUAGAGCAGUUGCUACCGCACCACAGCCACCAGCCCUACGACCAAGGGUGCGAGCAAGACGAGGCCAGGCCACAGAUCCCCAUAGUAUCGCUGAGAGGUUACGCAGAGAAAGAAUCACAGAAAGAGUGAAGGCUUUGCAGGAUUUGGUUCCCAGUUGCAACAAGACGGAUAGGGCAGCCAUGCUUGAUGAAAUUGUGGAUUAUGUGAAGUUUCUAAGGCUCCAAGUUAAGGUUUUGAGCAUGAGUAGAUUGGGCGGAACCCAUGCAGUUUCUCAGCUUGUAUCUGAUGUACCCCUAUCAUCAGUUGAGGUAUCAAAACUGGAAAAUUUUUGGGAUGUUUUCACCUGUGUCAUAUUUCUGUGUAUUUCAUCUGGCAUCCUAUUCAUGCAUCAAAUGUCUUUAAUGUAAAUUUUCAAUCAAACACACCCGUAUGUGUGUUUGUCAAGGACAAAACCUGGUGGCUAUGUCCCUUAUUGAUGCUUGCUAUGGUUAGUCAUAUGAUUUACCUACGUAUUUCUAUGCAUGCCAUUAUUUUGAGUUCAUUAAUGGGUUGGAAUUAUUGGCUUCAUCAUUACAGUAUCGAUAGCAUGUUCUAUUUCUGUGUUCCUUAUCACUUUUGUGGACUUCCAAAUCAUUUUGUAACCAAGGGAGAAGGCAUGGAAGGUGGAAGUGGAACAAGUCAGCAACCUUGGGAAAAGUGGUCGACCAAUGGCACAGAGCAACAAGUAGCAAAGUUAAUGGAAGAAGACAUUGGAGCUGCAAUGCAAUUCCUUCAAUCCAAGGCACUCUGCAUCAUGCCCAUAUCCCUUGCCAAUGCAAUUUUCACAGGACACCAAUCUGAUGAACCUGCAAUUGUGAAGCCUGAAUCAAACACCAACUUAUAGGCUCCAACAAGAUUGCAAUUGCUUAUGCCCUUCACAACCAAUUUCACCAAUUUUCGGGUCCCACAUCCGUCAACUGUCCCAUUCUUGUACCAGGAAAGAAUGGGUCAGUCUAGUUUCAAGCUGCUUUUCUGGAAAAAAUUUCAAGCAGGUUAUGAAAGUCACAGUGCUGAAUUCUUUUCCCACUUUUGUCAAACAAGGCAUGAUCGCCUCGGAGAAAAAUGGAAAGGCGACAUUAGUUUGUCAAUGCUAAUUGAUGCCCUCCUCUCCUGAUGUCAGUGGUGGGGUUAGUGGUGGAUGACCUAAAUAAACACUCAUGGUGGAAAUUCUCACUUUUAGAUAGUGGAUGGUAGGACCAUUUAAAGGGGAUGGAUGGGUAUGUAUACAUUUUAUUUGGAGUAAUUGGAAUGCAAGUUGAUGUGGAUUAUGUUUGGUUGUCUUCUAUAGCUUGGUGGAAAGCUUUUAUUUUUGAGAGGGAAGAAAAGUCAUUGGCUGCUUUAUAUUUGUGGGCUCUCUCUCUCUCUUAAUGCAAAAAGG